AACAAUAACUCUGGAGUAGAGGGUACACGAGAAAAACUUAUUUCGUUAGACACAAUUGGGAGUUCAAAAACUGGCCAGAAUGAAGAAGUUCAUUCUUCUGAUUCUUCAAUUGCCAAAGGGGGGACAGCAUCCUUGAACACUAAUGAUAAUGCCGGUUCUGGUCAGAAUGAGAGUGGCGACGAUACCAGCAAUGACACAAAUGUAAAUGGGAGAGACAACAGAAGUGACAAUCAGAGCAACACUAAUGAUAUUGCAAAUGCAAAUGAAGAUGUUACUGAAAAGGAUAAUAACAAUUCAAGUUUAAAUGAAAAUGCUGCUCAGAACAACAACAGCAACGAGAAUGCUGGUCAGAACGAGAAUAAUGCUGCUCAGAGCUAUACUGACAAGUGACAACGACAAUGUAAGUCAGAACGAGAAUAAUGCUUCCCAGAGCAAAAAUGAGAAAGCAAGUCAGAAUGAGAACAAUGAUACUGUUCUGAGCAACAACAAGAAUGAGAAUGCUGGUCAAAACGAGGACAAUGCUGCUCACAGUGUUACCAACAACCAGAAUGGUGGUCAGAAUGAGAAUAAUGCUUCCCAGAGCAACAACAAUGAUAAUGCAAGUCAGAAUGAAAACAACAAUGCUGCUCGAAGCAACACUCACAACAAUGGAAUUCGGCUGAGAAUGACAACAAUAAUGCUUCAAAGACCUACAAGGACAACUAUGCAAGUAACGAUAUUAGGACUUUGGCAGAUACCAAGAAUGGGGGAAAUGAUGAUGAUCAUGUAG